AUGGAUCGGGGGACGCAGGAGAAAAAAGGCCUCGGCGUCUUUGCUAAAGUCAAUAUUCCUCGAGGCACACGAAUUGUCGCGGAGGCCCCGCUGAUGAAAUUGGACCUAGUCGGGGACUCGACGACAAUCUGGAAAGCUUUCCGCAAACUCAAGCCUUUGGAAAAGGAGAAGUACCUCGGAUUGCAUUACCUGGAAUGUGACCUGGACUACGAGCUCACGAAUCCCGCUCUGGAGAAUAAUCGACAGAGACACCGGAUGGCAAAAGUGCUUGCGAUCUAUCGGAUGAACAAAAGUAUUUGCCAUACGGGAACAGUUGUGGUGUCCUACCUCCCUUCCCGAUUCAAUCACUCAUGUCUCCCAAACACAAAAUGCGCCGAGAAUCCGAAUCUGGGCGACGGGGUUCUGACCGUUCAUGCCGUGAGGGACAUCAAAGAAGGCGAGGAGCUCGCAUAUUCAUAUGUGCCUGACUUCCUCAAGCCGAAAGAUCAGCGGCAGGAGAAGCUCUUCUGGCAAGGUGCCUUUGUAUGUCUAUGUGAGGCGUGUUCGGAUUCUGAUUUCGCCAGCUCGAUGGAUCAGAAAAGACAGGAACUCUCCAGACUUGACCGACGAGUCUCCGACCGUGAGCAAAAACCUCGGAGAAAGAGAGUGGACGCGUCAAAGUCAAGUGUCUUGAAGGAUUUGGAGCAGAUGGAGGCCUUGCAAAAGGAUCUUGGUCUGCACGAAGCUCUCGGUCUCACGUAA